CUUAAAAAAUGUUCAAGAUUAUGACAAAAAGAAAAGUACUGGUCGGCCGUCAUCGUCAUCCGAUCGUGAUAAGCGAGCAAUUUUACGUGUAGUUUCCAACUCGCAGUUAACAACGAAGCAAAUAAUGGAAAAUCUAGUGUUAGUGCCAGUGUUUCAAGUGUUCGCCGAGUUCUACUACCCUGCAAAAAUAUUAAGAGACUAAAACUGAAAAAGAAACCUUCGUUAACAACGAAACACAAAGCAGAACGUUUACGCUUUGCAAAGAAAGAAUGCAUUGGGGGAAAAAAUGAAGAAAGGUAUUAUUUUCAGACGAAAAAGAUUCAACUUGGAUGGUCCUGAUGGGUUCCAAUAUUAUUUUCAUGACAUAAGAAAAGAGACGAUAUCAGCAAUUCGACGACAAAUGGGAGGAGGCAGCGUGAUGAUUUGGACCGGCAUCGGUUAUUUCGGCAAGAUAAGUAUCAAGUUCAUCAAUGGGAGAAUGAAUAGUGUCCGAUACAUAAAUUUAAUCAAAGAACGAAUAAAUAAUCAUGCAGGACGCAUUUCUGGAACUGAUUACAUCUUUCAACAAGAUAAUGCAUCUGUAGCUUGCACGCUCCCCGGAUCUUAAUAUUAUUGAAAAUUGCUGGGCAGAAUUUGUUCACGGGGUAUAUGCGAAUGGAAAGCAGUAUCAACACGUACAAGAAUUAAAAAAUGCAAUUGUACGCGAAUGGGUUACGUUAAGUCAAAAUUAUAUCCAGAAACUAUAUAAAUCGAUACCAAAUCGUAUAAUAAAAGUAACAGAAAAUAAACGGGAUGUACCUAUUAUUAACGUUAGAUACCAGUGGUGCACCAUCCGGGGGAUUUGUCAUCGGGAAUAAUCAUUGGUUAGGAGACCAAUAUACUUGCAAGCUUUUCUCUGAAAAUCAGACGGCACAUCUAUCGGAGAAAAUACGAAAGAACAAUUCGAUAUACCGGAACCCGAAUGAAGAGUAUUCAUCUUUUGAGUUUCGUUUCUUUAUUGCACGUGCGCGGCACAAUAGCACUGUGCAAUAUCAUAUAGAAGUGGAAGACGAAGAUUUGGUCACGCUUGGACUUUGCUUACCGGCGUCCUGCAGCAUAGGCGAUGUUGCCACUAUGCUUGAUAAAGUAUUUCGUAAUGAGACACUUUUCAUUGGAAAGCUUUUUAAUAUACACUUCCAGUUAAUCGAAGUCUCCGAUUUGGUGGAUGAUCAUCAAUGGCUACUCUCUGCGAAAAUGAUCUCCAUCAUAGGAGUUUUGCUAUCGUUGUGUACUACCGUAAUAGCGGCCACAGUAUAUGACGUUUUCGUUCAUCGAAAGCGUUUAAAUAAAGAAAGGGAAAAGUUUACGUUCGAAAGUGACAACGCGAUAGAAUUGGAGAACGUAAGAGAAGAGAAACGCGAAACCGACAAUGAGGAACUGGCACCCCCCGAAUCGAGGCAGCUGAAUCGUAUCAGCGAACGUCUUCUAUGUUUUUCAUUCCUCAACAAUGUAGAAAAAAUAUUUAAACCGGAAAAGAAUGGUGAUAAUUUGCGAGUAUUUUAUGGCUUGAAAACGUUGACAAUGAUAUGGAUUAUUGUGGGGCACAUAGUGUUCUAUGCAUUUUAUGUUCUGAGUAACAGAUGGCUUAUAUAUAUAAUGGCUCAAAAUGUACUCUUUCAAAUUGUAUCCAACUUCACAUUAUCGGUGGAUGCAUUUUUCUUCAUGAGUGGUUUUCUGUUGUCGUACACAUUUCUGAAGGAACGACGAAAAUAUCCGAGAAUUCCGCCUAUAGCAAAAAGGAUGAACGAAUUUUUUCAAAAGAUUGUCAAACGAUAUAUAAGGCUUACACCUGCAUAUUUCGUCGUUAUAUUGAUAGCAAUAUUGAAUUUUACCUGGCAUGAUCAUGUCUCAGCGAUUCUUCCCUUUGAGCAUCCAAAUGUUAUGUGUUCCAAAUAUUGGUGGACUAACAUACUUUACAUCAACAACUUCUAUAGGUGGGAUGAGCUAUGUCUCACAUGGAGUUGGUACUUGCCCAAUGAUAUGCAGUUCUUCGUAUUUGGCAGUUUUCUUCUAACUUUAUCGAUCACGCAUUACAAUAUUGCCGUGGGUAUAGGCAUUGUUACGCUAGUUUCAUCGAUAGGAUCACUAUUUUAUACGGGAUACACUCUUAAUUACCAGCCUACAUUGGACGAACAAUAUAAGACGCUGACAUACUUUUAUAUACGACCGUGGUGUAGAAUACCGCCAUAUCUCAUAGGAAUGGCCACAUGUCACCUUCUUGCAAAAUGGAAUUACAAAUUGCAUUUAUCAAAAAAAACCUUAAUCGUCGGUUGGUCCUUGGCAAUUUUAUGUAAUUGUUCGAUUCUCCUCGGAGUCACGAACAAGAACAUAUCCUUAGGUCUCUCCGCUCUUUAUUUGGCCCUCAGUAGAACAGGCUGGGCAGUAGGCAUUGCCUGGCUUGUAGUUGCAUGCACCACGAAUAACGGCGGUAUCGUGAAUAAAAUCUUAUCGCUGGAUAUUUUCGUCCCUUUAGGUAAAUUAACGUAUGGCGCUUAUCUCAUACAUUGUAUUAUUAUUUAUUUGUUAUAUUCUUCAAAUAAUUAUUCUCUCUUUUUCUAUUACACCAAUACGAUCUGUACUGUAAUCGCAAUGAUUAUAUGCAGUUUCACUGCUGCUAUUGUUCUAUCCGCAACAACGGAAAUGCCGUUUUUAUCACUCAUCCGAUUGUACAAUAAUGUAGAAAGAAUGCAAAAAAACACAUGCUAAUACAUAUUUGUAAGCACCUCAAUUAAUAAACUAAUGAAAUUAC